UCUCCUUUCUUCUCCAAUAAUACAAGCAUUUAAUCCAACCUAAAUUUUCAUAAGCUCUGUCUCUUUCUUCUUACCGAACCUUCCCUUUCGACCCCAAAUCUUCAUAAAUUCAAGCGGCGGGCUGCCUUAAAUGCAGUUGUAGUGUGGAGUAAUUAUUAACGAUUAUGAUGAACAUGUUCAAUAUCUCCGAUGACCCAAAACCCAUCCCACUUAUAUAAAUACUACUAAUAAUGGAUCUCUCUCCCACGAAGAGCCCUCCACCACCACUCUCCCACUCCCACACCAGCUUCCCCAUCAUCGCCGUCGCCGUCAUCGGCAUCCUCGCCACCGCCAUCCUCCUCGUCAGCUACUACAUAUUCGUCAUCAAAUGCUGCCUCACCUGGCACCGCAUCGAUCUCCUCCACCGCUUCUCCUUCUCCCGCCGCCGCCCCCCCUCCCAGGAUCAUCCCCACUCCUCCCCCGCCGACACCCGCGGCCUCGACCACGCCGCCAUCCGAUCAAUCCCCAUCUUCAAAUUCAUUCAAACCCACGCCAAAUCAUCCGACUGCGCGGUUUGCUUGAACGAAUUUCAGCAAGGAGAGAAGCUCCGUCAGAUUCCCAAUUGCUGCCACGUGUUCCACAUCGAUUGCAUCGACAUCUGGCUUCAAAACAACGCCAACUGCCCGCUCUGCCGGAUCAGCAUCUCGGCCCGGCCCGAGAUACUCCUCCCCAUUGGCCCUGAUCCGGAUCCCUUCCCCGGCAGAGACGAGGAUUACGUGGUUAUCGAGAUAGGCACGUCCUCGUCUCUGCCGGGGAUCCAACAGGACGAGCUUGCUCCUCCGAGGAAAAAGGUACAAAAAAAGAGCCAUGUAUCGAGCAUGGGAGAUGAGUGCAUCGACAGUAGGCGGGGGAGGGCGGUGGUGCAGCCGAUGCGGCGGUCUUUCUCAAUGGAUUCGGCAGCUGACAGCCAGCUUUAUUUAGCUGUUCAAGAAAUUAUUCAACGCCACGGCCACGUUAAUAAUAAUGAAUUAAACCAACAUGAAGCUUGCAGCAGCACCAGACUUAAAAAAUCAUUUUUUUCAUUUGGUCAGGGAAGAUGCUCCAGAACUGCAGUUCAGGUUCAGCCACUUGCCUUGGACCCAAGAGCCUAGUUUUUUUUUUUUUUAAUAUUAUUUGUGUUUCUGUUUUUUUUUUUGUGGUUAUUUUAGGCAAUAGAAGUGUAGAGAUUAAUUAGAUAUUUUAGAGUGGUACAGAAUGGUGGUUGUCAUAUAGCAGUGAAAAAGUUUUCAAGAUUUGCAUAGAUAGAUGGACGAAAGAGAUGGCUUUUGCAAUUUUGGAUUAUUUGGUAGCAUUACAAAUUGGAUGGCUUAAUGAUGAUGGAUGGACCACCAAUAUCUAAUUUUGACAUUAAGCCAUUAUUGUAAUAAUCAUUGCUAUAACAAGUUCCUUUUGCUUUCCCUCA